AUGGCAAAGGCAGGCUAUAAGAAGGACUACAUGAUGAAAAGGUCACAAAAUAAGAGCACUUUCAUGACCAAGGAGAACUAUAAGGCUCGGUGGUUUGUUCUGGACAAUGAAUAUAUAAAAUACCAUGAGGGUACACUGGAGAAAAUGGGUAAAGUGAAAGGCUCCAUCGACCUGCGCUCAAUAAAGGCUGUGGAAAAUGUAGAUAAUAAAGUCUUAGAUCAAAAAGAUAAUGUGUUCCAGACAACACCAGAAUUCUCCAUCGACAGGAAACUCGUCAGACAGUGGGACAGAGACUUCGAGAAACACCUUGGUCAAGGAAAAGGAACAGACUCCAAGGGGAGAGAAGUCACGAGGGUGACAUGUGUGUGGGGACCAAACACGGAUGAUGUGCGUCGUAUUUCCUGGGCAGAGGUUACAAGAAAUCACAAACCAAACAUUCCCCUCCCAGCAGUUCCUGGGUCAGCUACUCAACCAGGUCAAGAGGUCAAGGAGAAAAAAAUCUUUGUAGCAAUAUUUAACUUUACUCCAGCCGAGGAAGGUGACCUGGAAUUGGUGGUGGGUGAGGAAUAUGAAGUCAUUGAUGAUUCAAAAGAACAUUGGUGGCUCUCACGUAAUAAACGAGGCCAAAGUGGUUACAUUCCAUCCAAUUAUGUGAAAAGAAAAUUUGAUUUAGAAAUUUUUGAUUGGUAUUAUAAAAACUACUCCAGAGAGAGGAGUGAGUCAGUGUUGAAGGAUGAAGGCCGUGAGGGAUGUUUCCUAGUACGUGAAUCCAGCACCCCAGGGAUGUUUACUUUGUCACUAUUUACACUAGAAAAUGAUGGGAUGGUGAGGCAUUAUCACAUAAAGAAAAAUGAUCAAGGAAAACAUUUCAUAUCAGAAAAAUAUUCAUUCUUAUCAAUAUCAGAGCUAAUUCACUACCACAAACACAAUUCCGCAGGUUUAGCCACCAGAUUAAAAAGUCCGCCUAAUCGUGACGGGCGGUCAGCUCCAGCCACAGCUGGGAUGGGCCAUAGUAAAUUUGAAAUUGAUUCUCGUGAUGUAGUAAUAUUAGAGGAACUAGGAGCAGGCUGUUUUGGGGCUGUCCACAAAGGAAAGUUACGUGGAAUGACUGUUGCUGUGAAAUUACUGAAGGAAGGAACAAUGUCGGAGGAUAGCUUUAUAGAUGAGGCGAAAACAAUGACACAAUUAAAUCAUCCCAACUUAGUCCAAUUGUAUGGUAUUGUAAUAAAAUCAAAGCCGCUGCUUAUUAUAACAGAGUUAAUGAGUUCAGGUUCACUACUCACAUAUUUGCGGCGACAUAAACCUCGCCUGCUGACAAAGACAGCAGCUCUAUUAGAUAUGUGUAUACAGGUAUGUAAUGGAAUGACGUACCUGGAAAAUCGACACUUCAUUCACCGCGAUCUUGCAGCACGUAACUGUCUAGUGGGUGAUAAUACAGUCGUCAAGGUGGCGGAUUUUGGUUUAGCAAGGUAUGUGAUAGAUGAUGAAUACCAGAGCUCACAAGGGACUAAGUUUCCCGUCAAAUGGGCGUCGCCUGAGGUGCUCAGCUACACACGCUUCAGUAGCAAGUCAGAUGUGUGGUCAAUGGGUAUUCUGAUGUGGGAGGUUUUUACCGGGGGUGUGAUGCCAUACGACAAAAUGAAAAAUGUUGAUGUUGUUGAUUAUGUUUGUCAUAAUCGCAAACGUCUUGAAAAACCAGCAGCGUGCCCAGAAAAAAUUCACAAAGUCAUGAUGCAGUGUUGGCAACAUGAGCCUGAUCGCCGGCCAAGCUUCGUGGAACUGCUCAAUAUGUUAAGUGGACUACUGGAGGCUGGAAACUAUCCUUUCAUUGCUCCAAAUUAA